AUGCAUCCAUCCAACAGAAAAAUAUCAAAACCAAACCAUCUCCCAACUCAUAAUAUUACCGGUAGGCCAUUAUCCAAUACACAAAGAAGAGAUGGAUCAACCCAUCAUUUGUGCAUCACACCAAACGGAACAACAACACAAACGGAACAACAACAAGUGUUUCUCGUUACUGGAGCCACAGGACACAUCGGAAGAGCUCUUUGUGAGAGACUUUUGAAUCAUUCUCAUCCCAAUUCCAAAAUUUAUGCUUUGGGUCGAAAUGAAAAGAUUGGUUUAGAAUUGGAACAAUCCAUACUACUCUCUCGGAAUCAUCCAUCAUCUGAACAACAUUGCAACUCACCUCAAUUGAAAUUUAUCCAAUGUGAUCUCGUUCAACAACCUGAAAUUGUACAAGAUUUAAUUCUCAAUAAGAAUAUUGAUGUGAUUUAUCAUUGUGCUGCUUUGAGUACUGCUUGGGCCAAUCCAAAGGAUAUUUACAAAAUCAAUGUGGAGGGAACUCGUCAUUUGAUCCAUGCUUGUUUGAAAUUGUACAGCGAUGAAACGAAGAAAAAAUUGAAGAGAUUUAUUUAUGUAGGAACUCCUUCUAUUUACACAUCUAAAAAUCAUCGAGUGAAUGUGAGUGAGGAUGACGAUGAAAAGAAUGUGAAAUUUGAAAAUAUUUUAAAUGAUUAUGCUAAAUCUAAAUUUAUUGCUGAGAAGGAGGUAUUGAAUGCUUUUAGACAAUUUGGAGUUCCAGUGGUAGUCAUUCGGCCUAGAGCAGUCAUAGGGAUUCAUGAUACUGCAAUUCUACCAAGAAUUACUGAAGUUCUUCAACAGAGAAGAUUUGUAAAUUUAUGUGAAAAGAAUGAGAAAAUUUUUGUGGAUUUAACGUUUAUUGAUAAUGUUAUUGAUGCAUUGCUGUCUGCAGAAAGGAGUGACAAGUGUAUUGGAAAGGUUUACAACAUUACAAAUGGCGAGCCUUUGGAUUUGCUUGAAUUGUGUAAAUUUGUUGCAGAAAAGUAUUUAAAUAUUGACAUGAAUUUUGAAAAGAAGACAUCACCCAACACUUUUGUGCCCAAGAAACUGAAUUUCAAAUUGGUCUAUUUUUUGGGAUAUCUGUUUGAGUGUGUUUAUGGAUUUUUUGGGUGGUACCAACAAGAUCCACCAUUGACGCGUUACACUGUGACAACGAUUGGUAGAACAAGUACUUUUGAUAUCACGAAUGCAAAGAGAGAUCUUGAUUAUCAUCCAAAAGUUAGCAUUAUGGAUGGUAUUACGAAAGUCAUGGAUCACCAUCACAGGUACAGCAAACUGUAA